AUCGUAUAAAUGAAAUAGCAAUAGAAAGAAUUCUCAUAUCUCUCCUUUCAUAUCUCUGUCUCUCCCUGGUCCCUCUCUCACCGGCACUGCUGCACCUCGACGACGUCUCGCCUCGACAUCACGGCCAGCAGAGCAACCCUCCGUCGUCUCCACCUUGGCUAGUGUUUUGGGCGGUUGGUUCAGUUCGAUUUUGAGCCGAUGCAUACUCAUACUGAUCAUUGGAAUUUGUGUGAUGUUGCAGAAGCACUCCCAGAUGAUGAUACAAUGGAGUGUUGUGAGAGAUGCGAUGGUGGAGUUGAUAGGUUAAGUGAGUUGCCUAAUGAAAUUAUCCUUGUCAUACUGUCCUUCCUGUCGCUGGGGGAAUGUGUAACCACUAGCGUUCUUUCUUCCCGAUGGUCGGAUUUGUGGAAACACAUCCCUAAUCUCAACUUGGAUGCGAAGCUUCUGACAAACGAUUAUCACUCCCUUAUUCGAGGGAGCAAAUGGGAUGCUGAAAGGUGCAAGUACAUAGAAAUAGUAAACUCGGUUCUCCAAUCGCACAAAUCCCCUUCAUUGAAAGAAUUCAGAAUCUCUUUGUAUGCAAACGAGUCAGCGCAGUGCGCAGUAGCCAAAUGGCUUGAAUUUGGGAUUUCGAGACAAGUCGAGAAGUUGGAAUUGGACUUGCAAUGUCAAGACAGCAAGGUGUGUCUGCCUCAAAAUCUCAUUGGUUUUAAAUCUCUCAAGAGCUUGUGUCUGAAAUAUUUCAAAGUGAGUGGCCAGGCUAUAGACUCGUUGCUACGUAAUUGCCCCCUGUUGGAGGAACUGUAUAUCCAUUCUUCAAUUUUGACAUCUGAUAUCGUGGUUUGUGGCACGGCACUCGCGCUAAAGCACUUUGAUAUAAAUGUUUGCUAUGGUCUGCCUGUUGGUGAAAAUACCAUAAAAAUUUCUGCUCCAAAUCUUACUUGGCUCAGGCUCUGCACAACACAUAAAUUGGUCCCAAAGCAUUUUGCUUCUACAGACCGAUUGCAAUUUCUCAGUUUGGAUCUCUUCUUUCCCGAGGUGUUUUUUGCUGUUGGCUUUCCUCAAAUGCCUAUGUUGAAGAAGUUGACUGUUAUAUAUAGUGGAGAUUAUGAACACGGUCUCCUGCCUGUAACGGCUUUGAUACGGGCAUCUCCUCUUCUUCAAGAAUUCAAAUUACAUGUUGUGGGCUCGCUAACAUUUCAUUCUACAUCCCAAAACGGUGAAAGUCAUCUGCACCGGCAUCUCAAAGCGUUUGAGUUCCUUGGUUUUUCUGUGGGUGCUGGCGAUCAUAUCGAAUUGCUGAAAUAUAUUUUGGACAACUGCAUUGCACUUGAGAAAAUAACUCUCUGGCGUCUAUCACUGUCUAGGGCUGAGCCACGACUUGCCAGAGACCGCCUCGAGCAACUGCUUGACGGCAAAGUACCUCACCACAUUCAACUCUAUAUUGUUUAGUUAUUUCAGGCGAGAAAUCACGCAUUUCUUUUCAUGUUAAAGCAUUUCGUCUCCUUUUAUGUAAAAGCUAUGGAUCCGAUUUAAACAUACUCACUACUUCUUAGUUCGGGUGAUAUGUGGCAUCUAUUACAUGCUCCAUUCAUAUUUACCUUAAAAUCUUUAUUUUGUGUGUAUAUAUGAUCAACAUCGAAUUUGUAAGUCAUGAAGAACCUAUAUAAAAGAUUAUCCAUUAUUCUAAA